GAGAUCUGAUAUGAUAUCAUAAUUUAUAUAUAUAUUUUUGUAGUUUAUCGGAUGAUAAAGUGAGUGGGAAUUAAUCUAAAGGAGUUGAAGAGUGACGUCUCCGAAUUCUGAAGCUUCGAUCUCUGUGAGGGGGAAGGCACCACCAUGGGAGGUUGCGGUUCGAGGCCGGAGGGGAGUGGAAGAAGAGGUGGUGGAUUGGGGCUGUCGAAGAAGAAUCGGAAGCGAAUUAGGGUAAUCAAGAGGCGGUUUUUGCUUAGGAAGCUCGACAAGGUCGGUGAUUCUCGCACGCCCGAUGGUUCUUCCGCAAAUCCGACUUUUCAAGUAUGCGCGGAGGAGGUGUGGUUCGAUCCAGUCAUGGUUUUUGAGUCUGACUUGGAUGAUGAUUUUUAUAGCAUUCAGGAGGAUGUCUUCUCUCCCACUAGUUCCGCACGUGCAUCUAUAUCAAGUAUUUCAUCCCCAAGAACUUGUACACACAAAAACUACAAUGCCUUUGUUCCUUGCAUCCCUCCCUCUGACCAGCAACUAAAAGCAAAGGAACUGAUAGUCGAAAAUUCAGAAGAGUAUGUUGUUGGAGAGGUUUCCAAGAAUGGAGGCACCCUGUUUUUGGCAUCUAAAGAUGCUGAUUCGGUGUUAAAAUCUGAUGAUCCUCAGAAUGAGGUGAAGAAGCCAGUCUUCCUAGAUGAAAUAUCUAUAGUCCGCGUGGAUGAAAGUGGCAAAGAAAAUGAAACAGGGGUGUUGGACAAUUGUGGGCUUCUUCCAAAUAACUGUUUGCCUUGUCUUGCGUCGGCUGUCUCCUCGGUUGACAAAAGAAGAUCACUAAGUCCCAGCUACCCUAUUGCAAGGAGAAAACCAUCUCUGAAACUUUCCUUUAAACGGAGAGAAGGUCAUGCUACUCCCCCAUUAUUUUCGCCCAAGGCACUUCUGCAAAGACCUUUAGCCGGUUCACAAAUUCCAUUCUGCCCAACAGGGAAGAAAAUGUCUGAUUCUUGGUCAACUCUUGAGCCAAGCACUUUCAAAGUUCGGGGACCGAACUAUCUUAGGGAUAAAAAGAAAGAUUUUGCUCCAAAUUAUGCUGCAUUUUAUCCUUUUGGCUUUGAUGUCUUCUUGUCACCACGGAAAAUCAAUCAUAUUGCUCGUUUUGUGGAACUUCCUGCUGUAAAUUCAUCAGGAAUACUUCCUCCUAUUCUUGUUGUAAAUCUUCAGAUACCAUUGUAUCCUGCCUCGAUCUUCCAAAGUGAAAAUGACGGAGAAGGAAUGAGUUUUGUGUUGUACUUCAAGCUAUCUGAAAGUUUCUCUAAAGAACUUCCACUUCAUUUCCAAGAAAAUAUCAGAAGGUUAAUUGAUGAUGAAGUAGAGAGGGUAAGAGGUUUUGCUGUCGAUACAAUUGCACCAUUCAGGGAAAGACUAAAGAUAUUGGGCCGACUAGUAAAUAUGGAGGAUCUUCAUUUGAGUGCAGCUGAGAGGAAGCUAAUGAAUGCCUACAACGAAAAGCCUGUUCUAUCGCGUCCUCAACAUGAGUUUUACUUGGGGGAAAAUUAUUUCGAGAUUGAUUUGGACAUGCACAGAUUCAGUUACAUCUCUAGGAAAGGUUUUGAAGCAUUUCAAGACAGACUGAAGCACUGCAUCUUAGACUUUGGCCUGACCAUUCAGGGAAACAAGGCAGAAGACUUGCCAGAAAAUAUAUUAUGUUGCAUGCGAUUGAAUGAGAUUGACUACGCUAACCACAACCAACUCGGUUGUUGACUCAAGAACCUGAUAAUCCUUUACAAGUGCUGAACAAAUCAAUAGUUCUUCUUUUUCCCCUUCCUGAUAAUCCUUUACAAGUGCUGAACAAAUCAAGAGUUCUUCUUUUUCCCCUUUUCUUUUUGCCUAAUUUGUAUGUCCGGAAUCAAUUUUGUAACCUCCGAAUUUAAUUUGUAUAGCAAUAAUGACCAAAGCUAAAAAUCAUAUUUUCUUCUAUUAAUGAUAAUCGACAUAUUCUCAUUUUUUGUGGUUGUGAA